AUGGGCGAAACUUACCAAACCGGGACAAAUAUACAUGGUAAAAUAAUUUCAAUUGCUCCGAUGCUAGAUGUAACAUAUCGAGAAUUUAGAUUUUUCACCCGUAUGCUAACCAAGCAUACUCAGCUUUGGACUGAAAUGAUCACUGCUGCAUCCCUUGUACAUAACCCAGAGAUGAGGGAUUCAUGGCUCAAUUUCGACGACAUUGAGCAGAAUCUUGUAGCACAAUUAGGCGGGAAAGACGUUGAUAUGAUGACAAAAGCAGCAGAAAUAGUCGCAAAUUACGGAUAUAAGGAAAUAAAUAUCAAUGUAGGAUGCCCUAGUUCACGAGUUUCAACAUUAGGAGGCUUUGGUGCGUCGUUGAUGAAAGAUCCGGAAAGGGUUAGAGAUAUAGUCUCGUCUAUUAUUAGAAGGGUCGACCUUCCAGUGACUGUUAAAACGCGCACUGGAGUUGAUGACUCGGAUUCCGACGAGUUUCUAAACAAUUUCAUCAGAAUCGUUGCUAGCGGCGGCUGCAAACACUUCAUUGUCCAUGCCAGGAAGGCAUAUUUGAAGGGUAUAAAUCCUAAAAAAAAUCGCAGUAUACCACCACUUAAUUACCCUAGGGUAUACAAUUUGCUUAAUGAAUUCCCCCACAUAAAAUUUACUUUAAACGGGGGAAUCACAAGUAUAGCCCAAGCUAAACAAUUAUUGUGCGAUAAUCCACAAUUGUACGGGGUUAUGAUAGGUAGAAUGGCCCAUGAAAACCCAGUUGAAUUGCAUAAGGCAGAUCAUUUGCUCAUUUGUAAUAAUGGUAUUUGCUUUUGUUAUACCGCUAAUAAUUUGACCAGAGAAAUGUUGUUACGUGGUUAUAUGGAAUAUAUUGACAAAAGGGAUUUCACAGGCGACUCCAACAUUCAAAUGAUAAUGAAACCGUUACAUGGAUUGUACAAGAACAAGAUUGGCAGUGGAGCUUAUAGGGGAAUUUUAGAGUUAGUGUCUCGGCAAUACAAGUUAAAUAAUGCGACAGAUGCCAUUGAAAAGGUCCUGAAUUUCAUGAUGGAUAACUAUAAUGAAGUUACUACGGAAAUAUUGCAGCGUACAUAA